AUGGUUGAAAGGAAUAACACCAGGGUGACAGAAUUCAUUCUUUUGGGCUUUUCUGUCCAUAGAGAGAUUGAAAUCACUCUCUUUUUUCUCAUUUCAGUAGUAUAUACUCUAACUUUGGUAGGGAACCUUGGGAUGAUUUCAUUAAUACGAUUGGAUUCUCGACUUCACACACCCAUGUACUUUUUUCUCAGCAAUCUGGCCUUUGUAGACCUCUGUUACUCUUCGUCAGUAGCCCCCAAGUUCCUGCAGACCCUCCUGACCAAGCACAGGUCUAUAUCUUUCUAUGCAUGUGCAACACAGUUGGGCUUUUUCCUGAACUUCUUGAUUUCAGAGAUGCUCCUUCUUGCAGUGAUGGCUUAUGACCGCUAUGUGGCCAUCUGCAAUCCUCUUCUCUACAUGGUGAGCAUGUCCCCAAAAGUGUGUAUGCAACUAGUAACAGGCCCCUACUUAUACAGCUUUUCUGUUGCUUUGCUCCACACAGCCAUUACUUUCCAACUGAUUUAUUGUGGCCCAAAUAUAAUCAAUCACUUUUAUUGUGAUGAUGUCCCUUUGAUGGCCCUCGCCUGCUCAGACACCAGUCUCAAAGAAAUCUUGAUUUUCAUCUUUGCGGGUUUCAACAUGAUCAGCUCUUUGACCACUGUUCUUAUUUCUUACUUAUACAUCGUGGCUGCCAUCUUGAAAAUCCAGUCUACAGAAGGAAGGUUCAGAGCUUUCUCAACCUGUGCGUCUCAUCUGACUGCUGUGACUAUAUUCUAUGGGACUCUGAUCUUCAUGUAUCUGCAGCCAAAAUCAAACCAUUCCCUUGACACAGACAAAAUGGCCUCUGUGUUCUACACAAUUGUAAUUCCUAUGCUGAACCCAAUGAUCUAUAGCUUGAGGAACAAAGAGGUGAAAAAUGCCUUGAGGAAGUUAAUUGACAAAUGUUAUAUCCUGCUUCUAACAAACUUUAAAAAAUGA